AUGCCUAUGGUUACGCUAUGGGCUAUGGCUAAUGUUUUUCAUGUAAGACUGUGUAAGCAAGCUUCAUCUCAAGAACUUAAUAACAACAAACAAAUUCAACCGAAAGCAUCGUGUCUGUUUGUUCAGCUUUCAACAACUAUGAAAAACCUCGAUAAAGUAAUGGCUCGAAUAAAUGAUGUACUGACAAUGUAA